UCGAGAUACAAGACGUCUUUAAAUAUCGCAAUAUGUCGGACUAUUUGGAAAUAUUUUUAGAAUACGUGUAGUUGUUAAUAAAUAAAGGAUAUAUUAUUGUCAUACAAAUGUAAUGGAAUAUACUUGACAAGAAUUAUAACGUGAUCAAUAAAGAGAGUUGAAUUGAAGAUAUGUAUUGUUGGCCGUUCGUCUUGUGUGUUUACUGUAAAAAUAUACGUGACAGGCACCGCACGAAGUGGUGCUUCUGUCCGAGUGCGCAUUGGACUAAAUAACAUUUCACGAAUCGCCAGGGGUAUCCUGCGCGUCGUGACAUUUGUAAACAUUUGUUAUUGAAUUGAAAGGCAAGAUGGAUCAAAGAGUGCAAUGUCCCGUUUGUACUCUGUUUCUGCACAGUGGGAUGUCUUUGGAGUCUCACUUGGAUACACAUCCUAAAGAUCAAGUGAUUAAAGCACUUUGCAGUUUGUCUGCAAAAAAUGUUGGAAGCAGAACUCCAACACCUUCGACUUCGGAACGUUCAUUUAGAAGUAGAACACCUGCUACUGAUGACAGUGUCAGAUGGUCGUCAUCUCGCCGGAGCGCAGAAAGUGGUUACUGGAGGAGAACACCUAGUAGAAAUAAAUCAUCAUCAUCUUCCAAUAUUUCACGGAAUGUCACUCCUGAUAUUAGAAUUGGUGGUAUUAAUUUUGAAAAUAAUGCUGUCAACAGCUGUGGGGAAUUUUCUGAAUGUGCAGUGAAAUCAACCAAGUCAGCACCAGUAUAUACAACCAAUGUGGAGCCACCUCAAGCUGACUUUAACACACAGUUUCCAUUCUAUCCUGAUAGUCAAGAUGAUCCAGAGAUAAAAUAUUCACGUAGCACAGAUUAUAGCGUAGUAGAUAAUAGUAACCCUCUUUUUCCAUAUAACCUCCCUGUUAUAGGACCUACUAUGAAAAUGCCACCAACUAUGUUAACACCUCAUAAUAAAAGAGCUAAUAAUAUAGUUAAAUUGGUCCCAAAGCAAAAUAACAUGUUAAUGAAAAAUAUAGGAGGGCUACGUUACAUAACUCCGAAUGUUAAACCAUAUCCAGUAAUGAUGUCUGCUGCUCCAUCUUUUAUGCAAAAAAAUGUUCAAACCAAUAUGAUGAUGGCUGGAAAUAUGCCUGUUCCUGACAUGUUAGAACCGAAAGCAGGGGGACCUAUGCCUGCUCAAUUCAACCAAAUGUCUGCCGACAGUCUCUCCUCUGGUACAACUGUUGUCACACAAAAUUCUCAAAUAAUUUAUAGGGAGAUGGUGCACAAUAUGGAUGGUAAACCAUACAUUUCAAACAUGCCUCACAUGUUGAGCACACAGGAAAAUAUGGCGCAGAGUAGUUCAAUGUAUCAAAAUGUGAUGGUUGUAGAUCAAUUUGGAAACGCAUCAUGUAUGUAUAACACUCCACCUCCUUUAAUACCUAAGCCCUGUAAUCCACCCAUGUUUGGUAGUAAUUUGGCUCAUUUACCAAAUACAAUGGAUAAAUCUAUACCUAAUAUAGUAAAUGAUGCUAAUAAAACUUUAAUAAUUGAAGUAAGUCCUAUGUUGUCAACAAACGAAGUAGAUAUUCCCAAAACAAGUGCAGACACAUUGUCCUCGCAAUCAGAGAGUAAUUCUCAGAAAGCUAUAGACACAGACACAUCUGAAACAAAAAUCUCAACUGCAGGGUCUUGUAAAGGGCUCAAAAUUCUAAGCAAUAUUAAAGUUGAAGUUCCAGUACAGCAUCAUAAAAACAUGAUCAAUACAGUCAUGGAUUUAACGGGACCUGGAGAUUCUGGUUACAUCCAGCGUCCGUCUUCACCAGAAAAAAUCCUACCAGAUUUAGAUGAAAAGCCUUCAAACAUAUCAGAUGACUGUACUCAGGCAUCAAAUUCAAGUGGGGACAAUGGAGCUCCUCAUAGCUUUUCUGUGAUAAAGAAUGUUGGCAAUCCGCAAACAUGUAAAGAAUUUACAGUAAAACAAACUACUGUAAAACUUGACAUUGAAUUUUCUGAUAGUUGUCCUGUGCCUGAUCUUAUAUGUAACGAAAAGCCUUCUAUUUCACCUUGUAGUGAAUUGUUAGACCAUGGAGAGAAUUCCAUGGAUCGUUGCUCACCAAUAACUAAAAGUGAACCAUCACCUAAACCAGAGAACUGUUCUAAAAAUGAAGCAGAAAAUGAUUAUGUUGUACCUGCUAAACGAAAAGCUUCAGUUAAUAUUGAAUCGCUAUCACCUAAGUCAGGAUCAACUUCAAAGCAAGAGCUUGCUGCAAAAAAUGGCACUCCAUCACCUAAACCCCAACCUUCACCUGUGCUGAGAACAGAGAGUAGUGAAAACAAUGAUUCAAGUACUAAUAGUGAGAAUAAGAAGGCCACAAAAACAAAAAACUUUCCAUUAAGACUCAACAAUAUAUUUGUAAAAAAGCACAAAAAAGUUUUAAAAAUAAAAAAUCUUAAACCCCUUCAAUCUGAGACAGAUCCUCAACCAUCGUCAUCAUCCAAGGCUGAGAAUUUUUUUGGUGACAAACCUCAAAAUUUUCAAAAUGUUAAAGAUAUAGUUGAUAUUCCUUUAACUGUUGGAAAAACAGAAAUUAAUGAUAAUAAAAAGGAAUUUGAUGCAGACACUGAGGAACAGUCUAUGGACAUUGAACCCAUAGCACCAUCUACUAUAAGCCAUUCCAAUAAUUAUACUACCACAAUUGAUUUAGUGCACAUUAAAGAGGAAGCAAAUUCUAGUAACGAAUUUACUAAUGAGAUGGAUAGAUCUAAUCGUGACCUUACUCCUCUAGAAAGUUUACGUCCAAUCAAUGUAAUUACAUAUGGCAAUAUGGGGGCUGCUGACUUUGAUGAUGACUCCAACCAUAGGGAACUUUUGGACUUAGAAACCGCAUCAAAAAACAAACAAUUUGUAAAUAUGAUGAAUGAUAAUUAUUUUGGAGACAACAUUUAUGCAGAUUAUUUUACACCUGACCGUGUGGAGAGUUUUGAUGUAGAUAAAGAGUCCAAUUUGAGCAAGGGUAGGGAGGAGAUGUAUCAUGUUUGGGGUGAACCAUCUCAAAAGGAAAAUGAAUUUGUCCUACCAAAUUUUAUUCACGAGAGUUAUAAAAUCGCCGAGAGCAAUAUGGAUUACGACGUAGGUGAGAGUGAGCAUAUAGAUACUGUAAAUAGGGUUGAGCGAGAUAGUAAAGUUGAUUUGUUGACUGAAAGCCGUAGUGAAGAGGAGCCACCUUUGAACAUCUGUACUGACGAGCGAAUGCCACCUAGAGGCGAGCUGAGUGGUCAAGAGAGCAAUGGCGAUAUGGAAUCUCCUUGGAGUGGGAUGUAUCCAGAGGUGACACCAGCCGAACCCUACGAUCUAAUAGCACGCGAGAGUUGGGUGUCAGAUGGCUCCGACAUUGACACCACAGAGAAAAGGGACAAUUUGGAAGAAGACGCGUUAUUCACCAAGACACGGUUGCACACGUGCACUCAGUGUGGCCUUAAGUUCCCGACGCUCAAAGAGCUGCGUUCACACUGCAAUGCCUCGUACUCGCACGGUCGGGUUGUCACUUCUAGAGCGAUUAAGAAGGAGGAGAAGCCAGAUGAAGGUGUACUGGAAGGAAAUCUCCUAUACGACUCAAAAGAAUCGGUCGCCACUACGAUGCUACAAGCGUACGACACACUUACAGAAUCGAAGCCGGAACUCCGAGGGCUCAUAAAACGGGAGAAGAAGAAGAAAAGGAACUUUGUGUGUCCCACGUGUAAAGUCGACCAAGGGAACGAUGUAGACUUCAACAACCAUCUCAAGAUACAUCCGCUCGAGUGUCAGACGUGUGGAAAAUGCUUCUACAGACGGGCCAACCUGGCGCUGCACAUCAAGACACAUCUCGGGAUAAAGAAUUAUAAGUGCGAGAUAUGCCAGAAGCGUUUCAUCACACGGCAGAAGCUGAACGAGCACCGCAACGUGCACACGGGACACGCGCCCGUCAAGUGCACCGUGUGCGAUGACACCUUCCGGAGAUACUCGAAUAUGGUGCAGCAUAGGGACCGGCACCACCUGAACAAGAAGGCGAAGGUGCGCGACUACAUCUGCCAGUGCGGGGCCGUGUUCCACUCGCGCGCCAAGCUGCACUGGCACCGCGAGACGCACGACGGCCGGCCCAAGGCCUGCGCCUACUGCAGCGACAAGUUCGUGCACGCGGCCUCGCUCACGCGCCACGUGCGCCGCACGCACAACGAGUACUACCUGUCCCCCCGGCUGCGGGGCAAGGUGGACAACGUCACGUGCCCCGUGUGCAAGCAGGUGUACCUGCGCACGAACCUGCGCGCGCACCUGCUGACGCACAGCGGCAAGCGGCCGUACCCCUGCAUCAUCUGCAACAAGGCGUUCACCACCAAGUGGAACCUGAAGCUGCACCGCUGGACGCACACGAGCCGCUCGGCGAAGCCCUACAAGUGCGCGCUGUGCAAGGGCGCGUUCGUGCGGCACGCGGAGUACGUGGCGCACAUGAACGCGCACAAGUCCGUGCGCCCGUACACCUGCAACUACUGCGGCUGCCAGUUCAUCCGCAAGUACAACUGCCAGCGGCACGUGCGCGAACACGAGACGGCCAAGAAGUACGUGUGCAAGGUGCCCGAGUGCGGCAAGUCGUUCCACCGCAGCUACUACCUGUCGGAGCACAUGAAGGUGCACAGCGGCGUGCGACCGUUCGCCUGCAACAUCUGCGGCAAGACCUCCAGCAACAAGUCGAACCACAACAAGCACGUGAAGAUACACCACGCGCGCGAGCCCGUCGCCACCGAGGCGUAGGCGUACUAGUCUAAGGUCCCACCGCAGGAUUUGUGCGUUCAUAGUAUUUUUGCUAAAACCAAAAUUUUGUGUAUAUUUAUAAUUAGGAGAAUAUAUAUCGACUUGAUUGCCAGUCAAA